UUUUAGUAUAUAUUGACGUAGCACGCAUUUAUGUGAUCAAUACGGGUAUAAUUGUCAUUGUGAAGGUGUCGUUAAAAUUAAACCAUGGCUCGAUUAACUUUUGUUUUGGCUGUUGUUGUCGCUAUUGCGAAUAAUGUAUGGGCGAUAUCAGGAGACCAAAAGACCGUAAUCCAAGCUGAGUUCGUAACGCGGGGGUUGUCUUGCUUAAAAAACAAUCCUCUCACCGUGGAAGACAUUAACUCUCUCAGAAUGCUGAAAUCACCGGAAAGCAGCGGCGCUAAGUGCUUCACAGCUUGUCUCUUCAAGAACAUUGGUAUUAUGGACAAUUCAGGAGCAGUAUCAGCAUCGAAUGCCCGUAUGAAUGCGAAGCAGGUCUUUGCUAAUGAUGAAGCCAGUCUCAACAACGUUGAGGAGCUUGUCAAGCAGUGCGAAAAAGUGAAUGCUCAAAAUGUGGCAGAUGACAAGGGCUGCGAUAGGGCUGCUCUGGCCUUUACCUGUUUAACUGAAAAUGCGGCCAAGUAUGGCCUCGAUCUCAAGUUUUAAGGUAAAAACUAAAAUAGACCAACCAAAAAGUACAAACAUGACAAGGAUUUAAGGAUUAUAAUGAAUAAAUGUUCCAUGCCCUUC